AUGAGCGAUACACCUACGCGCAAGACUGAUCUUCGUGUGAUAAUAGUCGGAGGGUCUGUCGCUGGCCUGACGUUGGCACACUGUUUAGCGAACGCAAAUAUCGAUCAUAUAGUACUCGAAAAGCGCGCUGAGAUCAGCCCGCAAGAGGGAGCGUUCCUAGGCAUCUGGCCCAAUGGAGGCCGAAUCUUUGACCAGCUGGGCGUCUAUGCAGACCUGGAAAAGUGCACGGUGCCAAUACACAAAAUGAGGGUGCGAUUUCCAGAUGGGGUCUCCUUUAGCAGUGAGCUGCCGAGGCAAGUCCAAGAAAGGUUUGGAUAUCCGAUUAUAUCUCUCGAUCGCCAGAAAGUCCUGGAGAUUCUCUACAACCGCUACCCGGCCAAGUCCAACAUUCACGUCAACAAGAAGGUGACUGAGAUUCGACAAACCGAACGAGAAGCCCAGGUGCUCACAGCCGAUGGGGCCGUAUACAAAGGGGAUUUGGUCGUUGGUGCGGAUGGGAUACACAGUGCAGUGCGUGCCGAGAUGUGGCGCCAGGCCAAGGAUCUUGUUGGUCGGCGAGAUCGACAAGACGUUAAUCAUGAGAUUGCAGCAUUCACUGUCGAAUAUGCAUGUGUUUUUGGAAUUUCGAGCCCUAUCUCCGGCCUGGAGAGUGGGGAGCAUGUUAACUCUUACUCGAAUGGGCUCUGUGUGAUCACCUUCCAUGGUAAGGAUGGCCGUGUUUUUUGGUUUAUCCUCAUCAAGUUACAGAAGAGGUUUAUCUACCCAUUUACUCCGCGCUUUUCAGCCAGCGAUGCGGCCAAGAUUUGUGCCGAGUAUGCUAAUGUACCGGUCUGGGGGGAUAUAUGCGUGAGAGAUCUCUGGGGGAACAAGACGUCGGUCUCCAUGACUGCGCUGGAAGAGGGCCUGCUGGAGACCUGGAGAUUCAAGCGCGUAGUCCUGCUCGGUGAUAGCAUCCACAAGAUGACGCCCAAUAUCGGGCAAGGUGCCAAUACCGCAGCAGAAGACGCAGGAGUGCUCGCAUCUCUGCUACAAAGACUAUCGACUUCCGACUCGUCGGCCACGAGUUGCACAAUAGACGCCGUGCUCCAAGAAUACGCCUCGCUGAGGUACGAGCGCGUGAAAAGCACAUACCAACGUGCGUACUUUGGCGCCAGGCUGCACACGAGGGACGACGCGCUCAAGGCCUUUGUUGGCCGCUACAUCUUUCCUCGCUUCAGGCAGCAGGUGCUUGAGAGAACGUCGCAAGCCAUUGCAGGUGCCCCUCAGGUGGAUUUCCUGCCCACCCCGAAGAGGACGGGCCCUGGAUGGAGCGACUACGCCGGGAGCCCAGAGGUUGGCGCACCGACCCUCCCUUGGCUGGUGAUUUCGCUACCAGUUUUGGCUUCAAUGUUAUGUUAUCUAGUCUACUCUAGCGUAUUUGUCACGCCAAUUUUUCCUUAG